CUUCUCUUCAGAGUUCAUUUUGGAAUUCCUUCUUGUAAGAGUCUGAAGACUGCAUUAUCCAAAAAGGGUUUUCGUCAACUACUAAAAGGUUGACAACAUGACUGCUGAAAACCCCCAGAGUAGCAGCCCUGCUGACCAAAGAAGACCCACGACACGAUGGAGAAAUCCAUUUUACAGUAUAAAGGUUUUUGUCUUCUGCCAUGGACUUCUUCAGCUAGCCCAGCUUCUGGUCUCAGGUUAUCUGAAGAGUUCCAUCUCCACAAUUGAAAAGAGAUAUGGACUUUCCAGCCAGACAUCAGGCCUUUUGGCUUCCUUUAAUGAAGUGGGGAAUACAGUGCUGAUUGUAUUCGUUAGCUUCUUUGGAAGCAGAGUGCACAGACCACGGUUCAUUGGAGGUGGUGCUUGUAUUGCCAGCUUGGCUGGGAUUCUGAUGGCCUUACCGCAUCUAAUCACUGAACGUUACGAGUAUGACCAAUCCAUUAAUAACCACGACAACAACAGCACAGAUAUCUGUCAACUGGAUGCAGGAUCCUCACAUAUGGAACAAUCUCAUCACAACUGCUCUGCAAGGAAGGAGAUUGGCCAUGAGAAGGUCCUGCCUAUUAUGUUUCUUGGCCAGCUGCUAUUGGGAAUUGGUGGAGUACCAAUACAACCGUUUGGUAUCUCUUAUAUAGAUGACUACGCAAGCAAAAGGAAUUCCCCAUUGUACAUUGGAAUACUCUUUGCCAUCACAGUUAUUGGGCCAGCUGUAGCCUUUUUGUUAGGAUCCUUCAUGCUCCGUAUCUAUGUGGAUAUUGACAAGAUUCCCUUUGAUAAAAUAGUUUUAAAAAAUGAUGAUCCCAGAUGGGUGGGUGCAUGGUGGCUGGGCUUCUUACUGGCUGCGUGUCUGCUUGCCCUGGCAUGCAUCCCAUAUUUCUUUUUCCCACGUGAGAUGCCCGAAGAGCAAUCUACAGAGAGCACCAUGGAAACAAGAAAUUCAGUUAAGGAAAAGAACUCCAGAUCUGACCCACUCAAAGAACUUUCACUUCCAGAAUUCAUGAAAAGUUUCCCAAAAAUAAUGCUGAGGACUCUUAGAAAUCCCAUAUACCUGCUGGUGGUUUUGGCACAGGUAAAUCUGUCUGCCAUGGUAGCAGGACUGGCUACAUUCAUGGCGAAGUUUCUGGAGAAGCAGUUCACCAAAACAGCAUCAUUUGCAAACAUGAUGAUAGGUGGCAUAAAUAUACCUUGUGCAGUGUUGGGGAUUGUUGCUGGGGGAGCAAUCAUGAAGAGGCUGCGCAUGUCUGUGAAGACCUCAGCUUUGAUGAGCACCUUUGCUGUGUUUUCUUGUGUCCUGCUGGCCAUCCCCUUGCUCUUCCUUGGAUGUCCAACUCAAAAAGUGGAUGGUAUUUAUCCCAAAAGUAAUGAGCAGGGAUCCAUGUCAACAUGCUUCAGUAAUUGCUCCUGCCAAGAACAUGCCUUUAAUCCUGUGUGUGGUUCCAAUGGUGUGGAAUACCGGUCACCUUGUCAUGCUGGCUGCAGGACUAUAAAUAUGGACACAGAAGGACUGAAAGUAUUAAAUUACUCUGGCUGUACCUGCAUCUCCGUGCAUCCUUCGAAAGACUAUGCAUAUCCAGGCUCAUGUGGGACAAACUGCUCUAAUUUCUUCAUUCCUUUCAUGAUAUUAUCAGCCUUAACAGGCUUUGUGGCAUCAUUCUCUCAGACUCCAUCCUUCAUGAUGGUGUUAAGGACAGUUCCACCAGAAGACAAAUCCUUGGCUCUUGGGAUUCAGUUUAUGCUUUUCAGAGUGCUGGCUUGGAUGCCUGGUCCUGUUUUGUAUGGAAGUGCCAUUGACACAACAUGUAUUCUUUGGGGGAAAAACUGCCAAAAGAAAACUUCUUGCCACUAUUAUGACUUGGAUCUUUUUCGGCACAGGUAUCUUGGACUUCAGGUAUUUUUUGAAAUUGGUGCCUUUUUGUGCUUCCUGAUGGUGUUUUUGAUAUUGAGAAACUUAAAAUCUCUCAAGGAAGAGAAAGAAAAACAGGCAGAAAUGGAGACAAAGGAAAAAAGCCUUGAAGCCAUCAAAGCUGUCAAAGAGCCUUUAAUGGACAAGUCAAGUGAGAGCAACACACCACAGAAAGUGUGAAAGACAGGAUAAGACACCUCUCAAGACCUCUUAAAUUGUCUUAAUGCUCUAAUACAGGAAAGAGAAAACUGAUUUUUCUCCUGCAUUCCACUUGAAGAGUUCAGAAGAGUUCUUUCCUUGUAGAACCAGCUGAGCUUGAUUUGCAGCUGCAAAGGACAAAUGACAGAUGAUUGGUAGGUGAAAGGUGGCAAGAGGACGACAUGUAUUGAGAAAAUGUUCUUAGCAGCCUUACUUUGGGAGUGCCACCUUUAGGCCAUUUUCCGUUUUUUUGUUUCUUCAAAAAUCUCCUCCUUGGUUGUGUAACAGCAGUGAUUUACACACAACUGAAAUAUACAGUAUAAACAAACUGUAUGGAUGUGCACAGAAACUGAAAAUAAAACAUAUUAUAUUGCACAUGUACAUAUCUGGAAACAAUAUAGCUACAGAAGAAAAAUACUACUUCUAUAAAUCAUAAUUAGAUGCUUUUUUUUUUAAAGAAAAGUGAUAAAGUGUAUGUCUGCUGCUUGCUGGUUUAGGAUCCAGCUCUCCCAUCACCCUGAUUUGGAUAAAGCAGUUAGAAAAUAGAUGGUUGGAUAUUAUAAGUCCAUACCCGAGUCCUGCAAAAUAAUGUGUCAGAGUGUUGAUGCUGAGGAAAUAAAACAAUAAUUGUCAGGCAUUCUACAUGAAAAGUGCAUUACAGGGAAGAUUAUACUGCUGAUCUUCAGGUUCAAUAUGUCCCCCUUUCAUCAGGUUAGAAGGGUGAUUUAAUGUUUGAUGUACAGUACAGUAUGAGCCAGCUGAAGAUGUUCUAUUGCAUUGGUAACCCUCAAGAAUGUCUACACCCAUUAAUUUGUGUUUCAGAAGUCCAGGUAUCAGAAGAACCAUCUGUUAUCCAAAGCUCCACAGCUUUAUUGAAUUAAAAACACAGUUCGUUUUCA